AUUACCAAACAAACAUGCCUAUGGCUAAAGAUCUUGCAAACGUUCAUGACCAAUUAGUUAGUAUCGCUAAGGAUUCUCAAGCUCUUGCUCGAAGAAAACACAGUGCAGAUGAUAUUUCAGUAUUACAAAGGCGGUUAAGCGUAGCUGAAUCUGAAUACAAUUCUAGUCAAAAUGAUAAAAAUUAUGAAGCGCCUGGUCAAGCUCAAGUUUCGGAGGAGAUAGAUAGAGUCCAUCAUAUUCUUAGCUCAAUGCUUCAGCGCACAGACUAAUAAAAAAAAAAAGUUGAAAUAGUUGUCAAUUUUUUCUUUAUUUCU